AUGUGUUCAAUCUGUCUGGAUGUGUUCAGUGAUCCAGUCAGCACUCCAUGUGGACACAACUUCUGUAAGAUCUGUCUCAGUACAUACUGGAACAACAGUCAAGACUGCAGAUGUCCAAACUGUAAAGAAACAUUCAAGCAGAGACCUGAUCUCAACAUUUAUACAACACUCAGAGAAGUUGUGGAUGAACAUAAGAAGAAAUGUCCUGAAGAACAAGCUGAAGUUGUGUGUGACAUCUGUAGUGAAGGAAAGCUGAAGGCUGUGAAGUCGUGUCUGGUGUGUCAGAGCUCUUACUGUGAAACUCACCUGGAGCCUCAUUUGAGAGUGUCAGGAUUACAUGAACAUAUGAAAGGCUGGAGACUGUUGAAGUGGAUGCAGCAGUAUGCAGUGGAUGUGACUCUGGAUCCUGACACAGCUCAUCCUGAACUCAUUCUGUCUGAUGAUGAGAAACAAGUGAGACAUGGAGACAUUAGACAUAAACUCCCAGACAACCCAAAGAGAUUUGAUACAUGUGUAAAUGUCCUGGGAAAGGAGGGAUUCUCAUCAGGGAGAUUUUAUUAUGAGGUUCAGGUGAAGGGAAAGACUCAAUGGACUUUAGGAGUGGUCAGAGAAUCUGUUGACAGGAAGGGAGAGAUCGCACUGACACCAGUGAAGGGAUUCUGGACUGUGUGGUUGAGGAAUAAGAAUGAAUAUAAAGCUUGUGCAGAUCCCCCUGUCUCUCUGUCUCUGAGAGUAAAGCCACAGAAGGUGGGUGUGUUUGUGGAUUAUGAGGAGGGUUUGGUCUCCUUUUAUGAUGUGGACAACAGGUCUCAUAUCUACUCUUACACUGAUCAAUCCUUCACUGAGAAACUCUAACCA